AUGAACUCACCAAAAAAGUACGCUCUUCCAACUCUUAACAACUUGAAAAUUAUAUAGUCCUCCUACGGCCAUAGAAUCAGUAAUUGUGUAAUUAUUUAAAUUAAUAAUUGUUAGACCAACAAAAAGGACUCCAAGAGAUUAAUUGACACAAGAUUGCUAUCUUAAACACAAAUUGAAUAAGCUAAGUUACGCUUCAUUGCCAAUCAAGAGAAGUAGAAAUAAUAACAGAGGAGCCUACCUCCAAUUUUAUAAAGAAAGGAAUUUCAUCAAAGAAGUGUUUCAGUGUCAGCUCCAAAAACGCAUUAAUCAAAAUAUUUUUAUUUUAUAGGAGAAGGCAACAAUCAUCAACUUAUUAAGAAACUAUUAGAUGAAAGAGAGAACUGGAUUUCAGUUAAGGAUCCAAAAUCUAAGAAAAUAAAUUUUAAAUGGCAAGAGACUGAAAAGGGAUAUGAAUAUUACACCAUUAAUCUAAAAGAACAAGCCAUUUAGAUGCUUAAUCAUUUUGAGUUUCAUUCAGAAAUUUCAGAUAAGUUUAAGUUAGCUGUGAAUUUCAAGUCCUAUUGCGAUGUAUCUAAAAUAUUUAAUAAAGAAAAAUAGAUUAAAUAUAUAUGAUUACACUCCCACCACCUUUGCCAUAGAAUGCACAAAUGAAAACCUUAAAUCUGAACUAUUUUAGUUCAUUUCCUUUUACAGAUAAAAUUGUCCUUAACACAAAUUGCCAGAAUUGGAUAAAACUAUCAAAUAGUAUUUCUUUUCGUAUACAACAUUGUAUGACAGCAAGGUGAAUCAUUAUCCAACUUUGUUUGGCAAUGAGAAUUUAUGGAUCUUCAAGCCUUCAAAUAUGAAUUAAGGUAGAGGAAUCCAUGUCGUCAGAAGCCUAUAGGAUGUAUUAGAUAUUUAAAAUAAAUAUCAAGGGGGGUACAAAGAGAAACUAUUGGAAGUGAAAAGAAAUGAAUAGAAUGAAAUAAUCAAUAAGGUGGUCUACUUAAAUACGUUAGUUACAGAACAAUUUGUAAUCUAAAAAUACAUAGAGAAACCGCUGCUAAUAAAUGAUAGAAAAUUUGAUGUUAGAGCUUACAUUUUAUUGACAACAAAUUUAUAGAUAUAUUUUUACAGAGAAGGGUAAUUGAGAUUGGCAACAGAGAAGUUUGAUGCAAAAGUACAAUCUAAUUAUGUUCAUCUCACAAACAAUGCUAUUUAAUACACUCAUCCUGAGUAUGGGAAAUCUGAAGAAGGAAAUCAAUACAGUUUUGAUUAGGCACAAAAAUUAUUUAAAAAGGAUUUUAGAAAAGAAGUAAGACUAAUUUAAAUUUAGAUUUUAGGUAAAAUUAAAACGAUAUCUUAUACUGCAUUUCAAACAGUAAAGCAUAAAAUAAAUAAAUAAAAACGAAAGAAUUGUUUUGAAAUCUUUGGAAUGGACUUCAUUGUCGAUGAAUAAUAUUCUCCUUGGUUGAUAGAAGUAAAUACCAAUCCAAGUUUAGAAGUAACAAGCAAAUUAUUGGAUUAACUAUUUCCUAGAAUGGUGAAUGAUGCAUUUCGAAUCACAAUAGAUUUGUUUUUUCCCUAAACUGAACCAAAUUACAAUUAUCCCUUAAUGAAUUAUAAUGAUGAUGAAAAUCUAUGGGACAGCAUGGGAUACCUUUAAUCGUGA